CGAAGAGGCGGGAGCCGCGGACUCUGGGUGGAAUUUCGAAGGCAGAGGAGAGAACCGCUAGGCGCCUGCUCUACCCUGGGCGAGGUGGAGGGGAGGGGUCUCGGUGAACUAUGAAGGGCCGGCGGCGGCGGCGCCGAGAGUACUGCAAGUUCACGCUGCUCUUGGUGCUGUACACGCUUCUGCUACUGCUUGUCCCCUCUGUACUGGACAGUGGCAGCGAGCAGGACAAGGGCGUCAGGCACUGCCCCGGCCUGCAGCGCAGCCUGGGCGUGUGGAGCUUGGAGGCGGCGGCGGCUGGAGAGCGUGAGCAGGGCGCGGAGGUGGGGUCCAGGGCCGAAGGAGAUGCGGGUAGAUCCCCUGGGUCCCCAGGCAACCUCAGCGCAGUCGGUGAGGCGGUGGCCCAGGAGAAGCAACACAUCUAUGUGCAUGCCACCUGGCGUACCGGCUCAUCCUUUCUAGGCGAACUCUUCAACCAGCACCCGGACGUUUUCUACUUGUAUGAGCCUAUGUGGCAUCUGUGGCAGGCGCUGUAUCCGGGCGACGCUGAGAGCCUGCAAGGCGCGCUUAGAGACAUGCUGCGCUCCCUCUUCCGCUGUGACUUCUCCGUGCUGCGGCUGUACGCGCAGUCCGGGGACCCCACAGCGGGAGCACCGGACUCGGCCAACCUCACUACAGCCAUGCUCUUCCGCUGGCGGACCAAUAAGGUCAUCUGCUCGCCGCCGCUGUGCCCUGCCGCGCCCCGCGCUCGCUCCGAGGUGGGCCUCGUCGAGGACAAAGCCUGCGAAAGUAGCUGCCCGCCCGUGCCGCUUCGCGCCCUGGAGGCCGAGUGCCGCAAGUACCCGGUGGUGGUCAUCAAGGACGUCCGGCUGCUCGACCUGGGCGUACUGGUGCCCCUGCUCCGUGACCCCGGCCUCAACCUAAAGGUGGUGCAGCUCUUCCGUGACCCGCGGGCGGUGCACAACUCUCGUCUCAAAUCGAGGCACGGGCUGCUGCGCGAGAGCAUCCAGGUGCUACGCACGCGCCAGAGGGGGGACCGCUUCCACCGGGUGCUUCUGGCGCACGGCGUGGGUGCCCGUCCAGGAGGCCAGACCCGAGCGCUGCCCUCCGCGCCGCGAGCCGAUUUCUUCUUAACCAGCGCGCUCGAGGUGAUCUGUGAGGCCUGGCUGCGCGACCUGCUAUUCGCGCGUGGCGCGCCCACUUGGCUGAGGCGUCGCUACCUGAGGCUGCGCUAUGAGGACCUGGUGUGGCAGCCGCAAGCCCAGCUGCGCCGCCUGCUGCGCUUCUCUGGGCUGCGGGCGCUCGCCCCGCUUGAUGCCUUCGCGUUCAACAUGACACGCGGCUCAGCCUACGGCGCCGAUCGGCCCUUCCACUUGUCUGCUCGGGACGCCCGAGAGGCUGUGUACGCCUGGCGAGAGCGUCUGAGCCAAGAGCAGGUGCGCCAGGUGGAGGCCGCCUGCGCCCCCGCCAUGCGGCUGCUGGCCUACCCUCGCAGCAGAGACAAGGGCGAUGUGGAGACCGUCAGGGAAGGGGAGACACCCCUGGAGACCAAGGCCAACUGGGCCACGUAAC